AUGUAUUCGACUCCCGAUUAUUCUAAUAAUAAAAAUUAUAAAAAUUAUAAAACUAUAGACAGGAUUCACAAAAUUGAAUACAUAAAAGGUGUUAUACAAGAUUUAGAAAACUAUGGCCCAGCUGGUUUAAUACACAUCGCUAUUUUAAGUGACAUAAUCCAAAGAUCUAUCAAGAUAUGGAAUGCUAAUGGUAGUUUAAACAAAAUAAUUGGCAAAAGAAAAACAGGACAUCCUAUAGAUAUCGAAUAUCAAGCGAUCAGUUCAAAAGGAAUAGGUCAUUGGACGCUAAGAGGUGGAAAAGAUCCCGACAAUGUCAUCAUUGACUUAAAUAGCUGUCUUUUUUCGGUGAUCGGUUCUCAAAUCGGGCAGAAUCCAUUAAAACUUCGUAAAUGGACACAGCUAAAAUUGAAAGCCAAUUUUCAGAAUUUGACCAAAUGGAUAGAUAAGAUCCUCCAGUUGGAGGGAAAUGAUAAGAUAAUCUUGAUGAUUGGCGGGGCUUGUUACAAUGGAACAACACCGUACGACGCUGGAAUGAUUAUAGACCUGUCACAAGGACGACGCGGCCAUGGAUUUUCGAAUUUCCACCAUUCAUACGGCCAUGCUAGAGGACACGCUUCAUUUCAUACAGGUUGCGGACUAACUGAUCGCAUCGAGGAAUAUUCUUCUGAAUAUCCGAAGUCUGGUUUUCUAUCGCGAGAUGAUAUGAAUUAUGUCGCUCAUUUAGCAUUAUGUACAGAAGAAGCUCAAAAAGCCAUACUAAAGCUCAAUAAUGGUCUUAAACAAGACACAUUACACAUAUCGGUUGAUGACAUAGAGAAGCAGAGAAUUCUAGAAGGCUACGAAAACUGUCCAUUACCUGAAGUAAAAGAGUGGUGCUUUAAAGAACCAAAACCACAGCUACAUAAAUUUCAACAAGUAGUAUUAACGUUAGGACAUUAUGAAAACAAAAUGCUUUCUCGGGAGGAGAAUGUUUGGAUAUGUACUUUUUAUCCUGUGAUAGCUACUUCUUUAGAUGUAUAAAGAUACGUAAGUGAAAUAAUGAGGCGUCCUCGAAAACAAUACGGCAUAUACCCCCGCACCAGAAGGACUUAACGAGAACUAACUUCUCGAAUUCAAAAAACCGCACAGACUAGAAUAAAAGACGUAACAUUGAAAGAUUUUUCAGUUGUGUUCUAAUGAAAUAAUUUUUUUGAAGU